AUGACAAUUGAAAGCACUCUAGCUCGGGAAUUAGAAAGCUUGAUUUUACCCGCUGAUUCCAUAGUGAAUGUAGUUGACCAAUUCCAAGAGGAGUUGUUAUCACGGCUUCAGACAAAUACGAUUUCUAUGCUCCCGCAGUGUUUAGUCCCAGAUAAACGAUCGCGAUGGAACCCUGAAGACAAAAUUCUGACCAUUGAUUUCGGCGGGACAAGACUGAAAUUUGCAAUUAUCUCUCUGCCCCAAAUCGUUAUCGAAUACAAUGAUGCCUUCGAACUUACCUACAACAUCGUUGAUUCGAAUUUCUUUAAUCAAAUCAUCUAUACAAUAUGUACCAGGCUGGCUGCAAAUGGUUAUAUAAAAAAAAAGAACGAGUCAUCUGAGGCGUCUAAAUUUUUUGUUUCCGUGACAUUCAGUUUUCCUCUAAAUCCAGAAGGGGAGGUAGUUGCAAUGGGAAAAGGAUUUGUGAUGACUGACACCCUUCAAGGAUCCACGGUGAAACAGCUCAUCCAAUCUUCCUUUCACCGGAUUAUAUCAGAAAAUAUCGAAGAAUUUUUCUGUACCAUGAACGUGUGUCAUGUAAUAAACGAUGCAAUUGCAGUUUCACUAACAAGCAAAUUUAUAUGCGAAAACGAUUCCAUCUCAUUAAUAAUAGGAACUGGUACAAAUGCAUGUUUUGAGGUUCCAUACGGAUAUUUACCACCUUUCAAGAGAGAUGCCCUGAGAGAAACAUUACCGUCAAGCUAUAAUAAGGAGACAUUAAAUUUCAAACAUGUUCUCAUUAAUUCUGAAAUUGGCUUUAUUGGUAAAAAUGUCAUUGCAUUGCAACCGUUUGACAUUCAUGGAGCAAUCUCAUACGAAAUGCCACUAGAGUGCGUUACUUCUGGUAAAUGGCUUCCCCUAUCAUUAAAAAAUAUUCUAUUGCAAUAUAACAUAAUCCCCAAAAACUUCCCAGUAGAGUUCAAUGGGGAACUGGUAUGCCAGCUGGCAGAAGACUGUACUAAUGCUUGGUUCGAAAACGAACAUUAUGCACUAAUUUGUCAGAUCGCACGACUAUUAAUCAAGAGAGCCGCAUUUUAUGUUGCUGCAAUUGUACAAGCUAUUGAUAUCAUCACAGGCUGCAAAAACUAUAACUUUAUUCAUAUUGGCUACGUUGGAUCCUUUCUCCACAAUUCAAAUUUUUAUCGAGAGCAGAUAAAAUAUUACUCCAGCAUACAUAUUAAGUUGCAAUUCUUAAAUCACAGUAAUCUUCUAGGCGCUGCAAUAGCCACCUACUUGAACAAAUCAGACAACCAAGUUCAAUAA